GUGUAUACUGCAUCUUUCGCCUUUUUUGAGGCCCUCUGGGAGGGAGGUGUCAACCAUGUCUUCGUCAAUCUGGGAUCGGAUCAUCCAUCUAUCCUCGAGGCCAUGGUGAAGGGCCAAAAGGAGAAGAGAGACCAAUUCCCUACCAUCAUUACUUGCCCCAAUGAGAUGGUUGCCCUUUCAAUGGCCGAUGGCUACGCACGACUGACUGGAAAGCCACAAGCCGUAAUUGUCCACGUCGAUGUUGGAACACAAGGACUCGGCGCCGCCGUUCACAACGCUUCAUGCGGACGUGCUCCCGUUCUGAUCUUCGCUGGUCUCUCCCCGUAUACAAUCGAAGGCGAGAUGAGAGGCUCCCGUACAGAAUAUAUUCAUUGGAUCCAAGAUGUACCUGAUCAGAAGCAGAUUGUCUCGCAGUAUUGCCGAUUCUCGGGGGAAUUGAAAUCUGGCAAGAACGUAAAGCAGAUGGUUAACCGGGCGCUGCAGUUUGCUACCAGUGAUCCACAGGGACCGGUAUAUCUGGUUGGUGCGCGGGAGGUCAUGGAGGAGGAUAUUGAGCCUUAUCAGCUAAACCAGAGGAAUUGGGUCCCUGUUGCGCCGGCUGCUUUGCCUCCGUCUGGAGUCGAGUUUAUUGCAACUGAGCUAGCCGCUGCUAAGUACCCUUUGGUUGUGGUCGGAUACACGGGCCGGAACUCUCAGUCAGUGACGGAGCUGGUUACAUUGGCGGAUAGCUUCAGAGGAAUCCGGGUGUUGGACACCGGUGGCAGUGAUAUGUGUUUCCCCGCCGAUCACCCAGGAUGGUUGGGUCUGCGCUACUCGGGUCAUGAUCUUGUGAAAAGUGCCGAUCUGAUUUUGGUUAUUGACUGUGAUGUUCCCUGGGUCCCUACUCAGUAUAAACCGUCCGAGUCGGCCAAGAUCGUUCACAUUGAUGUGGAUCCUUUGAAGCAGCAGAUCCCUGUUCAUUACAUUCACUCUAUGGCUACUUUCCGCGCGGAUUCCGCCACCUCGCUGAAGCAGAUCAAUGACUAUGUUGCGAGCAAUGGACAGUUGCAGGAGUUUAUCAGCUCCAAUGAGAAUAUCAAUAUGGGACAAAGCCGAGACGAGGAGUAUCUGAAGCGACGUCAGGAGAUUAAAGAUAUGGCUGUAGCACCAGAGGGUGGUGAUGGUGCUUCGCUGAACAUUAACUAUCUCAUGUCGCAGGUUCGCAACGGAUGUCCAGAUGAUGCCAUCUGGGCCAUUGAAGCCGUCACCCUCACUCAUUUUGUUGCCGAUCAAGUUUCGGCUACCUUGCCAAACUCUUGGAUCAACUGUGGCGGAGGCGGACUGGGUUGGUCUGGCGGUGGUGCCUUGGGCAUCAAGCUGGCGUCUGACGUGGAACACGGUGGUAAGGGCAAGGGCAAAUUUGUUGUCCAGGUGGUAGGAGAUGGCACAUAUCUCUUCUCUGUGCCUGGAUCUGUCUACUGGAUCUCACGUCGCUACAACAUCCCAGUUCUAACCAUUGUACUGAAUAACAAGGGUUGGAAUGCUCCGCGCCGCAGUAUGUUGCUGGUCCACCCCAACGGUGAUGGAUCACGCGCUACCAACGAAGACUUGAACAUCUCCUUCGCUCCAACACCCGACUAUGCAGGCAUUGCUAAGGCCGCGGCAGGUGGAGAGAUUUGGGCAGGUCGCGCUUCGACCGUGGCGGAAUUGGCACAGAAGCUGCCCGAAGCAAUUAAGAGUGUCCUUGACGGAAAGGGUGCCGUACUGGAGGCGCAACUGGAUGGUACCACGGGCAAGUACAUCGAGAGCUCGUAA